AGAGGAGGUGCAGAAUUACCAAAAUAUUUUCUUCGUCAAAAGGUUGUGUCGAUCAUUCAAAGUUCAUACAGGGGAAAUAGUUCCUCUCGUGCAUCGUGUCUAACAUUACCGACGAAGAAAUCUGAGAAGCCAUGGGAGGUCAUGGAGGGCUGAACAUACUACCUCAAAAGCGUUGGAAUGUGUACAAUUACGAGAACAGAGAGAAAGUCCGGCGGGACGAAGAAGCUGCGGCAAAAGAAGAACAGCUCAAGCAAGAGCAGGCGAGGAAGCGGGAUGCUGAGUCUCGGCUUGAGAGACUUCGGGUUGUCCGUGGUUUGGCUCCAGCAAGCCAAGUGGCCGCCCCUGCGGGAUCGGAAUCACAGUCUGCUCAUAUUAAUCUGUUUGAAGGACGCAAGGAUUUUGAUAUCAUUGGUGGGGCGGAGGAAGAGGGAGCGGAGAGUCAGAGAGAAGAGCUUAAUAAGAAGAGGAAGAAGAUGAUGAAGAUGAUGAGGGAGAAGGAGGCGACCCCAAAGGUUGUAACAGCAGAGGAUGAGAAGUAUAGAUUAGGGUAUGGAAUUGCUGGGAAAGGUGCUAAGAUGCCAUGGUACCUUGCAAGACCAAGUGAUAGAACGGGUGAACAGAGCAUUGGAUAUGAUGGUUCAUCAAGAUUGGUAAAGGAGGGGGUUAAGAGUGGUGGGAAGAAGACACUGCAAGAGCUGAGGGAAGAACGGCUAAGAAGGGAGAAGCAAGAGAAGGAAAGGGAACGAGCUCUGAUUCUGGGGAAGAGCCAAGGAGAUGGAGGAGUCACAAAGUUUAGAGGCUUUUCAAGGCGGUAAUCUAACUAACUGCAAUUAUUUUGUUGUUGAUCUUGUGAUAUUGUUAGUGUUAUUUUAUCUGAGGUUAUUUUGUUGGCAUUGCAUAUGUGGUUACUGUAAGAAGCAUUCUUCACUCAUGAAUGGAGUGUGGUAUGAUUGGUCAUGAAAACUAUCUCUUUGAGCUGAUUUGUCAGAUGCAUGAUGAAAUUGUAUGGCUUGUCUCAUUAAUAUUUAAUGGAAUCAGCAAUGUGCAAGGAGUGGGUUUUCCAGGAAAA